AUGCGGUUGGUGAUGCUCCUUCCUCGCGCAAAGGCGCUGGCAGAGCCCGGGGGUGGGCGAGCUGUAGGUAUCGACUGGCUGCCGCGCGGUGCUGAGGAGGUGUGCGGCAGACACGUGCAUCACGGUUGUGCUUUGCUGUGCUGUGCUGUGCUCUGGACCAGAGGCCGGGUCUCGCUCUCGAGUCGUAUUGAUCAGUCGGGCGUCACCUUCCCAGCCUCCGGGCCCGCACCCGUUACGAGCAAGUGGGACCACGAAACCGUCCAGGUAGCUUACCAGGUGCGCUCAGCGCCGGGUGGCGCCGUUUGGAGGUUCUCAGUCGACCCUCGGCGCGGUCCAGACGGCAGACAGGCGGGCGGCCACACAGCCUUCGGCUGGAGCGAGGCUGCCGGGAACCGGUCUGCUCUCGCACACUGCUCUGGUUUCACUUUCGCCGCCCCCAGCUCCCCCUAUAAGAGGGCGGCGCACGGCCGCCGGCGAACGCUCUUCGCUCCGCGCAGCCUCCACUCGUCAGCUCGCCUCGCAGCUUCCUCCACCUCAGCUGACCAGGAGCACGCUACGCGGCGGGGCUUCGCCAUGAACAACACGCUCAAGGUGGUGGUGUGGGUGGCUCUGGCGCUAGCUGCCAGGGCGCGCGCCGGCGGCGUCACCUACGUCUCGGCCCCGCAGCCCGCGGCAGGAGCCGCGCCCCAGCAGUACCAGGCGCAGCAGCAGGCGUUGUCCGCAGGGCAGUACCAGGCAGCGCUGGCCGCUGCUCAGCAGCAGGCGCAGUACCAAGCAGCAGCAGCAGCUCAGCAGCCAGUCCAGUACCAGGCGGCAGCGCAGCCCCAGUACCAGGCAGCAGCGCAGCCCCAGUACCAGGCGCAGUACCGAGCCGCUGCUCAGCAGCAGGCACAGUACCAGGCUGCGGCGCGCCUCCAGGCUGGAGCGCAAGCUCAACCACAGUACCAGGGCGCUGGUGGACAACCGCAAUACGCAGCAGCUGGGCCGCAGCCACAACCUGGUAGACCGCAACUCCCUGAGGACUACGACCCGAACCCGCAGUACCAGUUCGCGUUCGACGUGCGCGACGACCAGUUCACCAACUACCAGAACCGCAAGGAGCAGCGCGAGGGCGACAAGAUCUCCGGCAGCUACAGCGUCGUCGACUCGGACGGCUUCAUCCGCACCGUCAAGUACACCGCCGACCCGCUGGAGGGCUUCAAGGCUCAGGUGACGCGGGAGCCCACCGACAUCGUGGUGAAGAUCCCGACGCCGACGCCGCCGCCGCAGGCGCAGCCGCUCUCCAUUCCAGCGGGGCCACAGUACAUCCAGGGUGGAUCGGCAGCGGCGUACCAGCAGGCGCAGGAGCAGGGCCAGGCGGCGGCCCAGCAGAGGGCGCUGCCCCCGGGGGCGGGUCUGGGCGUGCUGCCCCCGGGCGCCCGCGCCAAGGCGGUCGGCUACAGCGCGCAGCAGCCCGGCGCGCCGCCCGUCCAUUUCCAGGCCUACCAGCAGUGAGCGCAGCCUCAUCGCCACCUCAUCUCACACUCACCUCCAGUAGAAACACAACACGAUGUAGCACCCAUCAUCUGUCAACCAUACCUGCAGUCCAGUCCAAACAGUUGUAAACCUUUAAUGAGUGAUCCAUUCUUUUAAUAAUUACCUCUGCUAUUCUUUGUCUCAGAAACAAUACCCAGCAACCUUGAACAUUGCCUCUAAUGUCUAUAAAUUCAGUAGCUGAAUCCUCUCAUUACCAUUACUUUAUCUUUGGAUCUUCACACUGCCGGGAAGUAAAAAUGUACCACCGUCAAGGACAUGGUCAUUUUAGUGACAACUGAGGUGACACGUCAUUGUAAAAGUAUACGGUAACAAAUUCAGUCCAAAUGAAACGCCAAGGUCACAGUAAAUGGUGCCAAAACUAUCGCAUAAGUAACAUAGAACCCUCCCCCCUCCCCCUCCACCCCCCACCACCCACCCACCGCAGCAAUCCAUGAAAAUUAUUGUUAAGGAGCCAGUUGGCAUCCUACAAUAGAUUGUUUCAAGUAUCUUGGGCCUUUUGGUGCAACUCAGCAACGGUUCAUACAGUCCCCGGAGAACAAGUAAGGUUCGUUUUCAACAUGUCCCAAUUGACAAAUUUUUAAACAUGGCUGCUUUGUUCAGUGACCGUUUCUAAAUUAAAAUUGAAACAAAUGAACCCUCGGUCACUAUUGUUUUCAGUCUUAUUGACCAGGUUUCAACACAUCUAAGAGUGCCUUCAUCAGAAUUAAUAUGGCCUAUAGCAUAGUUACAAAUUUAAAGCAAAAGACAUUUUUUAUAUAAAAAGUGUAAGUACUGACUAACAAUAAAAGACAGAGGCAGUAAUUGCAUGUCAUAUAUAAAAUAAUUAACAAGCCAGAAGGGCUUCACCAGAAAAUAUAUAAAAUGAACUGUGUGAAAGCGAGCCACUAUGGCGACCCCACUGGUCAGGGCAGUUGUUGUAGCCCAAGAAGAGAUCCUUGCAUUGCAGAAACCGUAUCCAGACAGGCUGCUGGAAAAGCACGUCAUGCUCUUGUCGAACAAAUUCCAGUAGCAUGGGUAUAACAGCCUGUGAAGUGCAGCUGCUACUGGUUACUUUUCCAUGCAGGAACACCAAACUGAUGGACCCCCACACCAUAAAAUCGGGGACAGAGCCUGUGUGUCUUGGGCGAAUGCGUUCUGUAAUAAUCAGCUCAGUUCAGCUACGCCGUUCACGUGCACGUCCAUAACUCGCUUGCAGGGGGGACCUACUCUCACCACUGGAGACAACGCCAUUCCACUCUCUAGUCAACUCUUUCAUAGCACCAGAGUAGCCAUGCCUGGCAGUGUUGUCGUUUCAGUGCUGGUCAGAGGCAAACGUGAUAUUAACCAAUAUGGUCCAUGAUGACACUACAGAUGCAGCAUGUGUCUAGAUUCCGUCCCGAACCACUGCUCGUAUGAUGCGUCGAUCUUGAUGUGCGUCUGUACUACUCAGACGUUCAGAACCUGCUCUACAGGGGUGAGCGACACACCAGUGAUACACUGUGCCCAACAUGUGCAGCAAUCCUUAGAUACCUCCUUCCAGCUUCCUGCAGUCCCACAAGGCGGCCCUGUUCAAAUGGAUGAAGCUGUUCAACAGGAGUGUGUAUUCAUUGGUGGGGUAUGAUUGUAACGUAGAGGGACACUGUUCACCUCGAAAAUCAGCAUAGUUGCUGCCUGCAGGAUCAAAAAGGAGGGUGCACAGACAGUCCACCACGUGGCAUACAAUCGUACCAUCUCUCAGUAUCGACUCCUUAUAACCAGUUGUCCUUGAACACAGUCCUUGAGGGUUCUAUAUUUUUUUUCCAACAGUAUGUAAUAUCUCAUAACAAAUGGUACACUUCCGUUUUCCUUUUUCUAUUUUUGUUCAUUCUUUGAGCUUUCUACUACUAAAAAUGUACUCCAUUUUGAAGACUAAAAUAAACAACUGUAGCUAUGGUGUGUGCCUUACCAACGCUUGUACCUCUAACAACGGAUGCUUGUCAUUCUGAAUCAUAGCAGGGUACACCUCUAUUACGUUCUAGGGCUCCCAUCAUUCCUGUAUUUACUAAAACUCUUCAAAGUUGCAGUCCAUCUCCUCCCAAUGUAGCAGUCUACUUGCAUUGUCAGAAUAACCAUGAAUUUCUUAAAGUGAAUUUAUACUCUUAAGUGCAUGUGCUACUUUUGUCUCACACAACCUAUGCGGCAGGCGUUAUCUAGUAGAGCACAUAUUGCGACAAGACUCUAAAUAAUCCUCCAUAAUUUUUAACUCCCAAGAAGAUAAAGUGUACUCCAAGACGUGUUACAUUGUAUCAACUUUUAUCACGUUAUUUCAUUAACAGAUAAUUGUCUGCGAUGUACAGUUAUUAUAUAUUAGUCACAUACCUAACACUGCCUACUUCCAAGUUCUUCAUUAAACUGAACCUACUGUCACUUUAGAACGCAGAUUAGUCUCCGUCCGAUUUGAUUUGUUAAUAUUUUCUAACAUUAUUUUAACAAGAAAAGCUUACACAGUUGCAACACUGGUUUGAUUAAUCGUGUUUUAUUUUCAUUAUCUUUGAAGUUAGACAAAAUUUUAAACAUGUAGUGCCUAAAGAUAACCUGCAUAGGAUUUUGCUCAAACGUUUUAAAAUGUAGCCACUGUCAUGUUUUUAUGACAAACUGUGUGAUGAAAAUCUACUAGUCCUUAAAGAACUACAGUUCUCUCUGAAUACUAUGAGCAAUUACAUAGCGGCUAUCUGUGAUUUAAGAGAGUUAACAAACUACAGAUGUAACAACUAGAAAUUACCACUAUAGCCUCAUCGAACUAAUGACGUUUAUAGCUUUCCACUCCUCUGAUGGAUUCUUUGAAACAAUCAUUCUCAUACAUCAAAUAUCAAUCGACGUGAUUGUAUCUAUGGAAAACAUUGUUUGCAUAUGUAAAUACGAAUGAAUCGUGUGUGAAACGUUAUUUGAUUGUGUAAAAUUGUAGUGUAAUGUUGUGUAGACAUAUUUUUGUGAAUAAAUAAAUUUUCACAAGUC